UCCACCCAGGUGAACUCCUCAUCUCUCAGCUCCCCGACCGGGCGGGGCUCCAUGGCCGCCCCCUCGCUGCACCCCUCCCUGGGGGCUGGCAUCGGCUCUUCGCUGGGCUCGCCGGGGCAGCUGCACUCGCCCAUCAGCACGCUGAGUUCCCCCAUCAAUGGCAUGGGCCCACCCUUCUCAGUCAUCAGCUCCCCCAUGGGCCCCCACUCCAUGUCGGUGCCCACCACGCCCCCCCUGGGCUUUGGCACUGGCAGCCCCCAGCUCAGCUCGCCCAUGAACCCCGUCAGCAGCAGCGAGGACAUCAAGCCCCCGCUGGGCCUCAAUGGCGUGCUCAAAGUCCCUGCCCACCCCUCGGGAAACAUGGCGUCCUUCACCAAGCAUAUCUGUGCCAUCUGCGGGGACCGCUCCUCAGGCAAGCACUACGGUGUAUACAGCUGUGAGGGCUGUAAGGGCUUCUUCAAACGGACGGUGCGCAAGGACCUGACCUACACCUGCCGCGACAACAAAGACUGCCUGAUCGACAAGCGCCAGCGGAACCGGUGCCAGUAUUGCCGCUACCAGAAGUGCCUGGCCAUGGGCAUGAAGCGGGAAGCUGUGCAGGAGGAGCGACAGCGGGGCAAGGACCGGAACGAGAAUGAGGUGGAGUCCACCAGUAGUGCCAACGAGGACAUGCCCGUGGAGAAGAUCCUGGAGGCUGAGCUAGCCGUGGAGCCCAAGACCGAGACCUACGUGGAGGCAAACAUGGGGCUGAACCCCAGCUCGCCCAACGACCCUGUCACCAACAUCUGCCAGGCAGCGGACAAACAGCUCUUCACCCUUGUGGAGUGGGCCAAGCGGAUCCCGCACUUCUCUGAGCUGCCGCUGGAUGACCAGGUCAUCCUGCUGCGGGCAGGCUGGAACGAGCUGCUCAUCGCCUCCUUCUCGCACCGGUCCAUAGCCGUGAAGGACGGGAUCCUCCUGGCCACCGGGCUGCACGUCCACCGGAACAGCGCCCACAGCGCAGGGGUGGGCGCCAUCUUUGACAGGGUGCUGACGGAGCUCGUGUCCAAGAUGCGGGACAUGCAGAUGGACAAGACGGAGCUGGGCUGCCUGCGCGCCAUCGUCCUCUUCAACCCCGACUCCAAGGGACUCUCAAACCCAGCCGAGGUGGAGGCGCUGAGGGAGAAGGUGUACGCGUCCCUGGAGGCCUACUGCAAACACAAGUACCCGGAGCAGCCGGGACGGUUCGCCAAGCUCCUGCUGCGCCUGCCCGCCCUGCGCUCCAUUGGGCUCAAGUGCCUGGAACACCUGUUCUUCUUCAAGCUCAUCGGGGACACGCCCAUCGACACCUUCCUCAUGGAGAUGCUGGAAGCCCCACACCAAAUGACUUAGGCCCGUCCUUUGCGCCCGCCCGCUCCGGCCGCCUGCCUGGACGCCAGCUGCUCUUUUUGGCCUGUCCCUGCCCUCCCUGCCUGGCCUGUGUGGACCUCUGGGGUGCGGCCUGUGACUGCUCUGCCUGCGAGAUGCAUUGUUGUCCUCGUGAUUUUUAUUACUACUUGUCUUUGGCCCAGGACAGUGGCUUUCUCGGGCGGCAGCCGGAUUGGCAAGAACUGGUGUGACUCAGCCAGGCCCCUCCCCAUCAAGCUCACCCCAGGGGGGCUCAAGGCAGCUCACAGGGGGUCUCGUGGCCCCCAGCUGUGGAGCUGCAGGAGCGGGAAAGAGGCUUUGUCCUGGCUGCUGUUGGUUGCUGGUUUCACAUCUCCCCAGCGGCUCUCUGUUUGGAGUGACCUGUCUUCGCCUGCUCUGAGUGCUGGUGCCCGCCAGCCCGUGAGAGCCCCACCCGGUGUCAGGAGGAGGGGCAGGGGGGGAGCAGGCUGGUGUUUCAUGGCAAGAGCCCCACCCGCCCUGGGACAGCGGGAGGGGAGUCAGCACAAGCCAGGUUCCCUUUGCUCAGAGUGAAGGUGGAACAGCCCAUUUUCCAAAGAUAGCUCGCAGCUUCGUCC